CCCAUCUUUAUUCUCUCUCUACAUAUCACUUGAAAUUCUCUGUUUUACUUUUAAGAUUCUAGCUAUGACGAAGAGAACAAAUAGAAAACCGCCACUUGCAAGAUCUCCAAUUCGUGUCAGUUCUAAGCGUGUUCUUCGACCCAGUAUUUCGAUCAACACUGCACAAUCUCAACCGGGUUCUGUAAUGAAAACCAAGCCAAUGGAUCUAGAAAUGGUACCAGAUUCGGACACAAUCUCGUUUGAACUUAGGGAAAUGGCUAAUUUUGCUAUUCCUUUGUUUACAAGGGGAAGAUUUUACGAUGAGUAUUCUGCUAGAAGGAAUGAAUGGUUGAAGAUGAAGCAAAUUGGUGAAGGGGAUGAGGAGAAAACAAUGGGGUUUGAUAAAGAAGUGGAUUUGGAAUCGGAGAAAAGGAGGGAUUUGAAGAAAUUUAAUGAUUCGAAAAGUUUGAUUCCAAGAACACCAUUGAUUGAGAGGAGAGGGAAUGUGAAUAUGAAUCAGAAUUCGAAUUCUAGGUAUAUGUUGAGAAGUAUGACGAAGGAGAUGAAGAAACCGGCCUCGUCUUUGCCGCCGUUGGGUUCGACUAGCUCGGUCGGAGGAGAACGGAAGACCGUUGGUCGCCGUGGCCGAAAAAUUUGAUGUUUUUUUUUUUUCUGUCAUUUGUGAACUGAAUUAUGUCUUGUUUUGUUUUUAGAAAAUUGGGUUAUGGUUUGAAAAUGGGAUAAUAGUAUACAAUGUUUGUUUGAAAUAUUCUAGGUAUAUCAAUAUGAAUGAAAUUUUGGAUGAUU